ACCACUCACUAUGCAGCGUAGAGGGACGCACAAGUAAUGUUGCUCAAGGUAACCAAACACCACAGUAUUUGUGGCUUGACGAGUCCUGACAUAUUCAACCAGAAUCUCGUGCAAAAUGGCUUGGUCAAUGGCUCGCUCGGUAAAAUAGUCGGGUAUUGCCCCGCACGCCAUGCCUGGGAAUCGCACGAGAUAUAUCUCGGUACAGCUCUUGGCCUUGCCCCGCUGUCCAGGAGAAUCUUCAUCGGUGACGUUGAACGUGCUGCUCGGGAAGAGGUGGAGAGAUGGCUAAAUAGCGAACGGUACUGGCCCAUCGUGCGAUUCUUCAUUGGGCGCUCGAGGAACACAGUCGAUGUCUGCUGCGUGCCGCAAAUGUUCACCGCAAGGCACGCCAGCGGCGGAAUUGCGGCUUUCCGCGAACAGGUCUCUCGUUUACACCGAGUGAUGGACUUGAACUGACGUAUUGUGGGAAGGUGCCACUCAUGCUGUCGUAUGCGCUCACUAUCCACAAGGCGCAAGGCCAAACUCUGGAACGAGUCAAGGUCGACUUGGCAAGGACCUUUACCGCAGGGCAAUGUACGUCUGU